AUGGGACCGAGAGCGGCGGCGGCGGCGGCGGCGCUGGCCGUGGCCGUGGUGCUGGGAACCUGGUGCGGCCGCGGCCGCGGCGAGAUUUGCAGGAGCAUGGACAUCCGCAACAACCUGACCCGGCUGAACAUGCUGGAGAACUGCACCGUGAUCGAGGGCCACUUGCAGAUCCUGCUGAUGUUCAAAACCAAGCCCGAAGAUUUCCGCGAGCUCAGCUUCCCCAAGCUGACCAUGAUCACAGACUACCUGCUGCUGUUCCGUGUGUACGGCCUGGAGAGCUUGAAGGGCCUCUUCCCCAACCUCACCGUGAUCCGAGGGACUCACCUGUUCUUCAACUACGCCCUGGUGAUCUUUGAGAUGGUUCACCUCAAGGAGAUCGGCCUCUACAACCUGAUGAACAUCACCCGCGGCGCCGUGCGCAUCGAGAAGAACAACGAGCUCUGCUACCUGUCCACCAUCGACUGGUCCAGGAUUUUGGAUUCCGUAGAAGACAAUUACAUCGUGGCCAACAAGGAUGACAAAGAAGAGUGUGGAGAUGUGUGCCCAGGCACCGUGAAAGGGAAGAGCAACUGUCCCCCCACGGUGAUAAACGGGAUUUUCAUCGAGCGCUGCUGGACGCACGAUCGCUGCCAGAGAGUCUGUCCCCCCGCCUGCAAGUCUCAGGGCUGCACCGCCGACGGGCAGUGCUGCCACAGCGAGUGCCUGGGCGACUGCUCGGAGCCCAACGACCCCGACAAGUGCGUGGCCUGCCGCAACUUCUACCUGGACGGGCGCUGCGUGGACUCGUGCCCCCCCGGGCACUACCGCUUCGAGGGCUGGCGCUGCGUCACCUUCGCCUUCUGCCAGGAGCUGCACAACAAGUGCAAGAGCGCCCGGGAGUCGGGGUGCCACGUCAUCCACAACAACGAGUGCGUGCACGAGUGUCCCUCGGGCUACAUCAUGAACUCCAGCAACCUGCACUGCACGCCCUGCGCGGGGCCCUGCCCCAAGGUGUGCGACUUCAGCAAGGAGAAGACGAUCGACUCGGUGACGUCGGCGCAGGAGCUGCGGGGCUGCACGGUGGUGAACGGCAGCCUGGUCAUCAACAUCCGCGGGGGAAAUAACAUAGCAGCUGAGCUGGAAGCGAACCUUGGCCUGAUAGAAGAAAUCUCAGGUUACCUAAAAAUUCGCCGCUCUUACGCCUUGGUUUCUCUUUCUUUUUUUCGGAAACUCCAUCUGAUUAGAGGAGAGACACUCGAGGCUGGGAAUUAUUCUUUUUAUGCCUUGGACAACCAGAAUCUUCGCCAGCUCUGGGACUGGAGCAAACACAACCUCACCAUUGCACGGGGCAAACUCUUCUUCCAUUACAAUCCCAAGCUGUGCUUGUCAGAAAUCCACAAGAUGGAAGAGAUCUCCGGGACGAAGGGGCGUCAGGAGAGGAAUGACAUAGCCCUGAAGACCAACGGGGAUCAGGCCUCGUGUGAGAACGAACUGCUGAAAUUUUCUUCCAUUAGGACUUCUCAUGACAAGAUCCUGCUGAAGUGGGAGCCCUACUGGCCCCCUGAUUUCCGUGACCUCCUGGGGUUCAUGCUGUUCUACAAGGAGGCUCCCUACCAAAACGUGACGGAGUUCGAUGGCCAGGACGCCUGUGGCUCCAACAGCUGGACAGUUGUGGAUGUUGACCCCCCACCACGCUCAAACGAGCCCAAAGCCCAGGCCCAGCCCGGGUGGCUGCUGAGGGGGCUGAAGCCCUGGACACAGUAUGCAGUCUUUGUGAAAACCCUGGUCACCUUCUCGGACGAGCGGCGGACGUACGGCGCCAAGAGCGAGAUCAUCUACGUGCAGACCAACGCCACGGUUCCCUCGGUCCCGUUGGAUCCCAUAUCCGUCUCCAACUCCUCAUCCCAAAUCAUCCUCAAGUGGAAGCCGCCCUCGGAGCCCAACGGGAACAUCACACACUACCUGGUGUACUGGCAGCAGCAGGCAGAGGACAGUGAGCUCUAUGAACUCGAUUACUGCCUGAAAGGAUUAAAGCUGCCCUCAAGGACGUGGUCUCCUCCUUUUGAAUCCGAAGACCCCCAGAAGUAUAAUCAGAGUGAAACUGAGGAUGUCAGUGGGGAAUGUUGUUCCUGUCCUAAAACAGACUCCCAGAUCCAGAAGGAGCUGGAGGAGUCUGCUUUCCGCAAGACCUUCGAGAAUUAUCUCCACAACGAGGUUUUUGUGCCCAGGCCUUCAAGAAGACGAAGAGACCUGGGCUCCGUGGCAAACGCCACCGUGGUGUUGCCCACCAUCCCAUCCUCUCCCAACAACUCAGCAGCAGCUGAGGGUGCAGAGGAGCAGAAACCUUUUGAGAAGGUGCUGUCCAAGGAGUCCCUGGUGAUCUCGGGGCUGCGACACUUCACCGGGUACCGCAUCGAGCUGCACGCCUGCAACCACGAUGCCCAGGAGUCCCGCUGCAGCGUGGCAGCUUAUGUCAGUGCCAGGACCAUGCCAGAAGCUAAGGCUGAUGACAUCGUUGGCCCAGUUUCCCACGAGCUGGUGGAGAAGAACACUGUGCAUCUGAAGUGGCAGGAGCCAAAGGAGCCCAACGGCCUCAUCGUGCUCUACGAGGUGAACUACGGGCGGCUUGGGGAGACAGAGGAAGCCCAUUUCUGCGUGUCCCGCAAGCACUUUGCCAGCGAGAGCGGCUGCAAGCUCCGGGGGCUCCAGCCUGGCAACUACAGCGUGCGGAUCCGCGCCACCUCCCUGGCUGGAAACGGCUCCUGGACAGAACCCACCUACUUUUAUGUGGCUGAUUAUUUGAAUGCUCAGCCAAAUAUUGCUGUUAUCAUUGUUCCGAUUAUUUUUGCCAUAAUAAUCGCUGGAAUUAUUGGAGCUGCUUACGUGCUUGUGAAAAAGAGACAAACCGAAGGACCAACGGGACCCCUGUACGCAUCCUCCAACCCCGAGUACAUCAGUGCCAGUGAUGUUUAUGUCCCUGACGAAUGGGAGGUGCCACGGGACAAGAUCACCCUGCUGAGGGAGCUGGGCCAGGGCUCCUUUGGGAUGGUGUACGAGGGCAUUGCCAAGGACAUCGUGAAGGGAGAGCCCGAGACGCGCGUGGCCGUGAAGACGGUGAACGAGUCGGCCAGCCUGCGCGAGCGCAUCGAGUUCCUCAACGAGGCCUCUGUGAUGAAAGGCUUCAGCUGCCAUCAUGUGGUUCGCCUCCUCGGAGUGGUCUCCAAGGGACAGCCCACUCUGGUGGUCAUGGAGCUGAUGGCACAUGGGGAUCUGAAAAGUUACCUCCGCUCUUUGAGACCUGAAGCUGAGAAUAACCCGGGCCGGCCGCCGCCGACGCUGCGGGAGAUGAUCCAGAUGGCCGCGGAGAUCGCCGACGGCAUGGCCUACCUGAACGCCAAGAAGUUCGUGCACAGGGACCUGGCAGCCCGCAACUGCAUGGUGGCAGAGGACUUCACUGUGAAAAUCGGGGACUUUGGGAUGACCAGGGACAUCUACGAGACGGAUUAUUACCGCAAGGGAGGCAAAGGGCUGCUGCCCGUGCGCUGGAUGGCCCCGGAGUCGCUGAAGGACGGGGUGUUCACCACCUACUCCGACGUGUGGUCAUUCGGUGUUGUCCUUUGGGAAAUCAGCAGCUUGGCAGAGCAGCCGUACCAGGGACUCUCCAACGAACAGGUGCUAAAGUUUGUCAUGGAUGGAGGAUACCUGGAUCAGCCGGACAACUGCCCGGAGAGGCUGCACAGCCUGAUGCAGAUGUGCUGGCAGUACAACCCCAAGAUGCGCCCCACCUUCAUUGAGAUCAUCGAGAUGCUGAAGGAGGACUUGCACCCCAGCUUCCACGAAGUCUCCUUCUUCUACAGCGAGGAGAACAAACCUCUGGAGACGGAGGAGUACGAGAUGGACUUCGAGAACAUGGAGAGCAUUCCCCUCGACCCCUCCUCGUACUCACAGAGGGACAAAGCGCUGGGGAGGGACAAUGGACCCUCCAUGGCCCUCAAGGGCAACUACGAGGAGCACAUCCCUUACACUCACAUGAACGGUGGCAAGAAAAACGGGCGGAUCCUCUCCAUGCCCAGGUCAAGUCCUUCCUAACACUUCCUGUUUGGCCCAAGGGUUGUGUCUGCUUUUUCCCCCCUCCACAAAUCUCAGGACUCUUGUUAUUGCUGCCACAGUGUAUGACACACAUCUACAAACUCGUCAGAUUUUUAAUCAUCUUACGAUUAAUUUCUUUUUUGUUGGGUUCAUUUUUUUUUUUUUUUUUUCUGCCAAGUUGACUGGUUGUCAGUGGACUUAUCUGUGAACAUAAAUGGAAGAGGUUUCCAUGGCUGCUGUCCCUUCUGUAACCAUGGUUUCACAACAGGAAGCGACCGUGUGAGUUCAACUGAAGGAGAAGCGUCUGCGUUUGCCAGCAGGAGACGUGAAGUUCUCUGGUGCCUGAGCUCCAGCCCAGCAGCGUGGAACGAGAGCAUUUCCAGCAGAAUCCCAGGCUUUCAGGCAGGCUCUCCACUACAGCUGAAGGAUUCAGCACAUCAGUCGGACGCGCCAGAUCCUCAGAUUGACCAAUAGCUGCUGCUUUCAUACUUUAUUUUCAAGGGGUGAAGCCCCCGGGGUGCGUGCGUGGGCGUGCGUGUGCGUGUGUGCAGUAUCAACAUGUGGGGUGUACCCGAUGGCAAAAGAGACACUGCUGCGUUUGUACGCAACUUACAGCGCUUUCAGGCACAUGGUGGGAUUCUCGGGGUGUCCUGCACAGGGCCAGGAGUUGGAUUCCAUGAUCCUGGUGGGUCCCUUCCAACUCAGCACACUCUGUAAUUCUCUGUUCUCACAGGAGCUUUCCUCUUGGAAGUGUGUACUUAUCUUUUUUCCCCAUUUCCCUGGAGGGACUGAAUCCUAAACAGAUUAUUUUUUAUACUGAGGACUCUUGGGAGCAGGUUUUCUCUCAUUAACAAAUGAGGAAAACGUGCUGGGAGCUAAAUGAGCAGAACUCUGAGAUUUGUGGGUACUUUCAAGACCAAACGAAGUAGGAGUCCCCUGACCUGAGACACGGAGUUUUCUGUCCUUACAGCAUUGAGUAUAUAUAUUGUUUGUUGUAACAUAUUUAAAGAUGUCUUUAGUUGAAAUUUUAACUUCAUAUAAAUUAUUGACUGUUUAUGAUCCUUUUGGGGCGACGAGAGUUUUGGGGGAUUGUUUGGUCUUAAAGUGGUCCAAAGAUUUCAGAAUGAACUAAUUUUAGCCUUGCAGGAGCGAUGAAGCACACGUUCAGUUCAUACUUGACAAGGCUUUGUAAUAGUUUCAUGAUUUAUACAACACAGUCACUUGGCUCCAGUCGAAGCCCCAUCUUUGGGUGUUGGAGCUGAAGGACACAGAACAUCUUGGCCUCGAGUCCCGCUCCUCCUCUGCCCCCGUGCCCCUCGCUUUGCCUUCCGUGCCGCGGAUGCAGCCGGAGAGAGAAGAAGAGCACGAACUGGAGCCGAGGAAGGGACACUGAAGGGGGGAGCACAAAGCUCUGGGCUCUGCACGCCGGAGGUGACCGAGGUUUGCCACCUCUCUGCUGCUCCCAGGCCUCCAGCCCUGCGUUCCCCGAGAUUGCCGGGACGCGGCUCGUCGGGACGCCGGCGCUCGCCGUCAGGACUGUGCUUUGUUGUGCUGCUGUUUGCAAAGACGGAGAUGCUGGGCGCCCGCUGUUGGGUGAAACUCGACUGGGGCUGGUGAAACCAGCGCGGAGCUGGAGGGAGCAGCGCGGGAGCUGGGGAGGAAGAUGAUGGAUGUCGCAGGCCCGUGUCAUGCAGGAGGUGCUUGAACAGCAGGGAGAGAUGCUGAGUCCUUCACUUCUCCUCCUGGAGGAGUCCAAGAUCUGUUUUGUGCUCUCUGCCAGGAGAAAGCCAGGUGUCCUGGCAGCAGGAACAUGGGCUGGGCCGUGACUCCAGCCCGGGCAGUGCUGCUGUGAGCAAGGCAGAGGGGCUGCAGUCCCUAGGGAAGAGCUCCAAGCCCAAGCUCAGGGGUGCAGCUGGUUCUGGGAACCUCUGCCCUCAGCUGCUCCUGGCCAAAACAGCACUUCCAGGGUCAUACAAGGGGGGACGGCAGACUCUGGGCAGCACCGGGAGCUGUUGGGCCCGUUGCUGCUGGAGGCUGAUCGGUUGGGCCCGGGUGGAGGGUACAGGUUGCUCCACAAAUUGGGGUGGAAAACGCAGUCCAGACAUGGGUGAGAACCUUUGGAUUUCAAAAGGCCUCGUUUACAUUUCUUCUGCUUUACAAAGUCGUAACUGUUUAGCAGCUCUAUACUACACUGCAGGAAAGAAGACAUAUUCUCACACUUUUCUAAGGAAGAGAAGUUUUUCUUAUUAGAAUUUUUUUAUUUAUUUUAAUAUAUAAAACACUGUAAAAAAAAGGCAACAAUUUGUUUUCUUAAACACACAGAACAUGUAAAUUUGUAUCCGCAAAAUCUUGGCAAGUGGAUGUGGUGGGAUUAUUUUUGUCCUGUUCUGGUGCAGUCUACCUCAGUGUUUCUUAAGGAUAUUUUUUAAUACUACGCACCUCUAAACCUGUUAAAAUAUUCUGGUCUGGACCUAUUGUGGAUCAGGGAAAAUCAGUAUCAGCUGAUUCCGAUACCAGGGACCAUUCAUGAAGGGAAUGGGAAGGAGAAUGGCUCGUCACUGUUGAUCCCUAAUCUGAACAGUAGUGGCCAAUGAACCCAUUUACAAAUUUGGAUCUGAUCUCAUCCCUUAGUUCUGUUGUGAUUUAAAAAGAAAAAAAAAAAAAGAAAAAAAAAAAAAGGAAAAAAAAAAAAAGAGCCAUUUAAAUGUUUGGACUUUAGUGAACUCAUGACGCAAAAGGAGCAGGCUGCUUCCUCCUGGAUCAGCAUGUGCCAGCGUGGAGCAGAGACUGGGACCAGCCCUUGCUGCUGGCGUUGCAUUGGGGUGGCUUGGUCACUGCUCUUCUCGCUGCGCACAGGUGACCCAAGGUCCUGCCAGUGACCUGAAACAAACCUUUCCCAGCACACCCUUGCUUUGGUAGCAUUUCCAACGGCAGUGAUCAGAACUGUGGGAAUAGAAGAUCUUUUACCUGAAGGAACAUUGGAACCUCGUAUUGGGUCUGGCUUUUCCACGUGGUUGAUACUGGUUGGCCCUGUGAGUACACAUGGUUUGAACACUCGGAUGGCCGAGCCAGGGAGCGUGUGCUGCUCCACGGACACGCAGUCCCCUCCCAUGGCUCAGUGUCACCUUCGCCCUGCACCAAACGGAGCAGUUGUUUGUACCCAGCACUGUGUGAAGGUUACUCAUCCUUCCUACCUUGUGCCCAGGGGGAGGGAGGGAGGGCGAGUGGUACCGGUGGGGAGGGUGUCGUGUUUCUCCUCUGUAAAACAAAUAACACUAGUGGUUGCUGCUCGUGGCUGUUACAGAUCACACUCAGCUGUAGAAUUAGGAAGAAUAAAUGAACAUCACCCGCAAAGCCCAGCUCUCACUGCUGGAAAAUCCUUCCUUGGCUCACAGCCGACACUUCAGUCUCUGCUGCUGGAAGAUCCUCGCCCUGGGGACGCCUGAAUGCCUCACUCGGAUCUCGCUGAUUCUGCUCAGAGAAUUCCUGCAAGUGGAGACUCAAGUGUUAGUGAAACCUCUGGGGUGUUGCCAGGGGACCCAGCCCGGGCAGGGCUCUGUGCUGAGCCUUCCUUGGGGGAGCUGCUGCCCUUUGCUCUGGCCACAUCCUUAUGGGGCAGAAUUCCCCAGCUGCAGUGGAAGCACAACACUCUGCUGCUGCUGCUGCUUAGGAGGAACCAAACACUGGUGUAGGAGAGCAGGUGGGAUGGCUGGAGGAGGGCAGCCAGCAGUGGGAAGCUCUUUCUUUCCUUGCAUUAGUAUUUGUUGAAGGGUUGGCUGCUGCCCUUUGUGAUCAGAGAAUGCCCCACUCGCAGCACGGCGCAGCAGGACAGACCCCUCAGCCUGUCCAGGAGCUGCUGGAGCCUCCUGGGCACGGUCUGGCACCACCACAUCGCCAGAAAUUCCCUCUGGUGAAUCAGAAGGAGCAAGAAGCUGAGCUCCGCUGAGCUUUCACCGAGACAACGUCUGAAGUGCGAGGCUGGAGAGGUCUCUCAGAAAGGUUUCCACAUUAAACUCGAUUGCCACUUCCUGAACGGCUCUUGCCAAUCUGGAACUUCUCUCGCGGGCCAGCGCAGCGCUGCAAAGCUUGGCUGCUGGGUUAGGAACGUGUCUGUCUUGGCUGCUUGUAAAUACUCUAUUGUGUUGUAAAAUAGAAGAGCUCAGACAUAAACUCUGUGCCAGCACUGGGUUGGGAAAGGUGAUGGGAACUAGACCACGCUGCAGCGAUGAUGGUAAAGCAGCUGUGUGGGUGUGAAGAGGCUGCUUUUAGGUUGCUAAAGGGUACUCUUAAUUUAUGGGUAGUUUAUCUCUUUCCUCCUAAAUUUGUAUUAUAGCGAUGGGACACUUUGCUUAAUUUUAGUCUGUUGGCUAUAGUGUUGGUAUCUCUUUUUGGGGAAAAAAAAAAAUAAUCUCAAAGUCGUUUCUUGUGUUACUGAGCUGACUGUGCUGAAGGCAAAUAGGAAAUCACAGGAGUGAGAAGGGUGCUGAGCCUCUGCUUUAGAGGAGGGAGGGAGGGAGGCAGUCGAGUUCCCUCUCAAAGCCACUGUGACACGAAGAUGGACCCUGAGGUGUCCCGGGCCCUUCCUGCUACCAAGACUGGAAUCUUGUUUUACAAGCCAGAACAUAAAAUAUCUUUGUGCCAUAAAACCUUACUGUCAAGGCUGUGCCAGGUGCUCCCGUGAUCCGUGUGGGAUGGGCUCAGAGCCCGGAGGGAGCUCGGAACUGCAGAUGAACCCUGUGAUCCUCUCGGAGCCGGGGACUCGCAGGAGCCCCGGCGCUGCCCAAAGAGCCGCCGGCCCUCGGAGUGUCCUGUGGUCCAGGGAAAGGAACUGCUGAAUGGGUUGGAAUCAAGAAAUAGUUACUUUGUGAAAUUCAACGUAAGAUUAGUUUGGUAUUUGUAUGAACUUAAUGGAAUUUGGCCUUUUUAUUACCUUCUGCUUGGCUCUGUGUUCCCUUUGCUUGGAUUCUGUCCGUGAGUGUCGGUGUAAAGCCUGGACGUGUUCAGCCUUGUUAGGAGCAUCACAAGAGUGAAGCCAAUCAUCUAGCUGACUUUUGGAGGAACCUGACUGUUGAAAAGCAACUCUAAAGUUACUGUUUUUAGCAAAUCUGCUGUCAUUAAAUGUGUAUUUCUUUUUAAAAUUAAUUUUCUUGUCCUUCCUGGAAGGAAGCACUUAUUCUUGCAGUUUGGGCAAAUUCACUGCAGCACAAUGCAAGCUGUAAGGGGACAGGUAGAGAAAUGACUUUUUAAAUAUUGUAUAAUAAAGUUAGUAUUAACUCCUA